GGGUAGCUAAGAUCUGCUUCUUUAAAUCAUUAGAAAUUAAGUGAUCAAUAUCAUUCAAGUUCCAUUUUAUCAAAUACCCUAACCUUCCUAGUUCAGUUUGGGGGGAAUAUGAUACUCAAAAGUCAAAACCAACAAUUGAAACUCCUCCUCCAUUCUCCAUAAACCAAAUUUGCUGCCCCAGUAUUGCACAGGUUCAGUGUUCUACUAAUUGAGUAAUUAUGGCGUUCUCUCGCAUUUUGCCUCGUCGAUUAAUCACAUUCUCAAAGCUCAUUUCUUCAUCUUCAUCACCUCAAUUCCCAAAUUUCAUCACUCCACUUAAAAACCCAGAUUUUUCAGCUGCCAUUCAUCUAGGAAUUCCGAAACCAGAAUUGUUUUACAGGUCAAUUCAUGGGUCUUCUAUGAAUACCCAAGUUGCGUCGAAAGCAAAAGCGAAAACAGAGGAAGAAAACCAUUCGCCAGAAUUAGCUCAUCAAAUUAGCAAAGAUUCUGAGAAAAUCUGCAAAAUGCUGUUAAAUUUACCUAAAGAUUCAAGCAUUGAAUCAACCCUAGAAAGUUGCGGAGUAGAAGAAAUCACACCCAUGUUAGCUUUAGAGGUUUUGAAGAAGCUAAGUAACGCAGGUGUUCUUGCUCUUGGUUUUUUCAGGUGGGCAGAAAAGCAAAAGGGGUUUAAAUACACAAAUGAGGGUUACAAUGCGUUGAUUGAUUCUUUAGGUAAGAUUAGACAGUUUAAGAUGAUUUGGGUGUUGGUCGAUUCAAUGAAAAAUAAAGGGGUUUUGACAAAAUACACAUUUAAUUUGAUUAUUAGGAGAUAUGCUAGGGCUAAGAAGGUUGACGAAGCAGUCGCCGCAUUUGAGAGGAUGGAACAGUUCGGAAUGACGGUUGAUUCCUCGGAUUUUAAUCAAUUCCUUAAUACGUUGUGCAAAUCUCGACAAGUUAACACUGCACACCAGGUGUUUGAUAAAAUGAAAAAGACAAGGUUUGUGCCGGAUAAGAAAUCCUACACCAUACUGUUGGAAGGAUGGGGUGAACAGCAGAAUUUACUGAAACUUGAUGAAGUUUAUAGGGAAAUGAUAGAGGAAGGGUUUGAGCCGGAUGUUGUGGCGUAUGGAAUUAUCAUGAAUGCAUACUGUAAAGCAAGGAAAGUUAGUGAAGCAGUGGAGAAAUUAAGGGAAAUGGAAGCAAAGGGCAUUGAGCCUAGUCAACAUAUCUUUUGUAUUUUGAUCAAUGGUUUAGGAUCGAAUAAGAGACUCGAUGAAGCUUUGAAGUAUUUCGAGAUGUCUAAGGUUGGUGGUGCUGUUAGUGAAGCACCCACUUAUAACGCAGUGGUUGGUUCAUAUUGUUGGUCAUUGAGGUUUGAUGAUGCAUUCCGGAUGGUUGAUGAAAUGAGGAGAUGUGGGGUUGGUCCAAAUUCAAGAACUUAUGGCAUAAUUAUUCAUCAUAUGAUAAAGGCUGGAAAAGACAAAGAAGCUUAUUCAGUGUUUAUGAGAAUGAACAAUGAUAAAGAUUGUGAUCCUACAGCAAGCACAUAUGAAAUUGUAUUAAGAAUGUUCUGCAACAAAGGUGAAGUAGAUAAGGCAAUGAAGGUUUGGAAAGAGAUGAAGGCCAAGGGGGUUCUUCCGGGUAUGCAUAUGUUUGCUACAAUGAUAAACAGUUACAGGCAUGCUAAGAAAUUGGAAGGCGCGUGCAAGUUUUUUGAAGAAAUGAUGGAUCUUGGCAUUAGGCCUCCUGCUUUGGUUUUCGACCAACUCAAACAGGCUUUACUUGACGAGGGUAAGAAAGAUGCUGCUCUAAGUUUGACUCAGAAGCUUAAUGCAAUAAGGUUCACCCCAAUUGUUGGCUGACAACCUUAAUGAAUACUCGUUACAACUCAAUGAAUUCCUUCAGAAUUGAGAAGAAAUUCUUACAUCUGUAUUAGUUCGUUAUACUCGUUACAACUCCCUCUGGUUCAUGUUUUUCUGUUUUUUUCAGGUAUUAAACCAUUUUCUUUGGUUGGCUUAGUGAAUUGUUCUUGGUUAUUUUUCUUAAUUUAUGAUGGAAACUUGCUAACUACUAAUUUUUUUUUGAA